GCAGGCGCGCCCGGGGCGGCCAGCGGGGUGAUGGAGAUGUCCGGAGCGUUGUCAUUGACGUCGCGCAGGCGCACGAUAACCUUGCAGGUGGCGGCGCGGGGCCCGGGGCCGCGGUCCUGCGCCCGCACGUCCAGUUCGGCCACUCUGGGAAGCAAUACUCAUCCCGUUCCAGAAGAACAAAAUCACAGCAGGACGCUGAAACCUGGCACGAACCUGGGGGAAACUUAACCAUCUGCCUGUGAAAGUGUGGAGUUUUGGCUUUGCCAGCUCUGAGCUGGGCGGGGCGCCCCCCGGCUGGCCCCAGGCGUACGCUGCACCCGCAGGUAUCCCCCCACCCCCGGCACCCCCGAAGAUCUGGGAGAUGGGCCUCCAGUCACCCACAAGACAGAUUCUUACUGAUGCUUAUUGGAGAGAUUUAUUGAGCAGGGUGUGCAAAUACACAUGAAGGACAAGAGGUUAAAAACAAAAGUCACCCACAGGGAGUUUUCUUUCUCUAUUUUUUCCAAGGCGAAAGACUUGAUAAGCAGACUGGAGUUUGUAAACGUUUUUCUGAAUCCUGAUUAUAGUCCUGCUGACAUCCUAUCUGUGUUUUCCUUCCCCCUAAACCCGAGGGGAUGUAUCUGGGGUCUUUUCAGAAGAGAUACAGGAGUCUUCCCAGAGCAGGGAGACCGAGGAGCUCGGUGGGCAGUGAGGGUGACGGGGGCGGGGCUCUGGAGUUGCCCGAGAGCAAAAAAAUGCAGCCCCAGGCCUCGUAAAAGCUCUUGAGACUUAGAUGGGGUGCCCUGUGCCCCGGACCGUGCAGAGCGAUCGUGCCUCUCGAUUCCCUUCCCCAGCUGCCCCGUCCUGCUGGCCUAGGAACGCCAAAAGCGAAGAGGUUUUAGCAUGCAUCGGCGACGCAGCCGCGCAGGGACGCGGAAAGCGCGACGCCCCCUACCGGAGCCCGAUUUCCAGCUUUCUCUUGCAUUUUUCCCCUUCCCACUGCCAGUUGGUAGCUUGCUCGCUCGCUCUCUCUCUGCUCCGGCCCUGGAGAGAUUUCUCGGAGAGGAUGCACACUAAAACCCCUUCCCGGCUUCUCCCCGAGCCCGCAGGGCUCCCACCCCGGCCUGGGGGCCUGCUGGUGACCUCUGGCACUCCCGGGAUCUCGCGCUCGCUCCUCGCCCCCUUCCCGGCCGGCACGGACGCCAAGCUAGCAGAUUCAGAACUCGGCGGCAGGACAGCGGCCUCUCCCCUCGUAACCCGGAGAGUUCCGAUCCGCCCCGGGCUGCUGCGGGGCGGCAGAGCCAGGAACAGGGGGAGGGGGUUGGUCGGGGGCGGAUGGAGAGGGCACUGGGGCCCGAGUCACGGAGAAAAGAUGUCUCCAGCGGUUCCCGUGAGUAGACACUUGCCCAGAGCCCGGCCGCCAGUGGCUGGGAGCCUCACCCCACGCCCGCGCCCCGCUGAGCCCCCAGCACUCUCGGUACAGGGCUGAA